AUGCGGCCUAAAAACCUGGGAUUCGAAGAUUGUGACAUUAUCCCGUACUGCCGAAUCACAGAACCUAACACCCAAACACACGAAUGUGACUCUCAAAAUUAUAAUAGGGAUCCAAAAAAGGCAAGUAAGUUACCAAUACCGCGAGAUUUAAAUAUAGAUGAACGUGUAGUGAAUACUCAUUCUUCAAAUAAAACGGAAUAUGAUCCUGAAAAAGAAACCAACCAGAAACCUAAAAAAUGCAAGGACUUUAAAUCAUCAUCGGAGACCAAAUUUACCAAUAAAAGAAGUAAUCGUCACUCAUCUUUAUCUCAAAAAUGUUCUUCUGAAAACGUUUCCAUAAGAGACAGUUCGCAAGACAGUUAUAAUUCAGAUAGUAGUGAAAAUGAGUGUAAAGAAAAACAUCCUCAUGAUAAUCGAGAUAAGAACUCUACUAACUCUACCUCUAGUGCAGUAAGCCUUACUCCAAAACACAAAAAAUGUCGCAAAAGGCUUUAUAAAAAGAAGUCUAAAAUAUGCCUCAAAAAUAAUAUAGAGAUUUUGGAAAGUACUUGUAAAAUUCCAUUGACCAAAAAACAUAAACCUGUAAAUUCUGGUAAAAUCAACAGUAAUGAUUCAGGUGAAAAAGUCAAAGUAAAAUGUUCUAGAAACAAUUUAUCCGAUUGUUCUGAUUCUUGUGCGAGUAUUUGUCCCCAUUCUAAAAAUACAAAAACCUGCAAUCCAUCCAAUUUUUGUAGUAACUGUCAAAAAUUUUAUGAAAGUAUUCUAACUAGCAUCAACUCACACUCAGUGGAAGAAAAAUCAUGUAAAAACUGUAUUAAAAAUAAGCAACUUUUUGAAGAUAAUAAAAAGAAGAUAAGUCAUGAUACGGAAGAUGACCAGUUGAGUCAAUUUGAAGUUGAAGAACGUAAAAUAUCUUAUGAAGAGCUGUCAGAAGGAAAGUCUAAUACAAAAUGCCCAACAACAGAAAAAACUUGUGAUAAUUUUGGCGCAAAGCUGUCAAGUCAGAUCUCAGAGAAAAUAAAUGAAAGUUUCUGCAAUGAUUCUAGUGAAAAUAAAAACUUAGAAAAAGACUUACUUGAAGAAAAUUUCAGUCAAUCCAAAAGUUGCAGUGAUUAUGCCUCUAAAGAGCAAGAUUCGAGAAAAGGCCUUAGCGAGGAACAGUCAAGAAAACCCGUUGCAAAGAAGAAAUGUGAUUGUAAAGAUAGAAAAUAUUGUAAAAUAGACCCAGACAAUGAGGAUUACAAGGAGAAAGUAGGAGACAUUUACUCAAGCAAUAAGUCUAAUAUUUGUGCAAUUACCAGUGAGCCUAUUUUAAACUGUCCGACAUCGAAACAGUAUUUUGAAGACUUUUGCAAAGAGAAUGACAAAUUGAAACAGCUUGAAAAAACAAGAAAAUGUGCUGAAAAUAAGAAAAAUAAGUUGGAGUCUAUGUUGAAUCCGUCAAAUACAAAUAAAAAUAUUUUAAAUCGAGAAGAGACAAGCGAAAAACAGUUGAGUGAGUCUUUGAAAAAGAAAAAAUGUGCUUGUAGAAAAACUAAUGAUAACAAAGACUUACAAACGUUGAGUAAAGUAGCUUCAAAUAAGCAGAUUGAAAAGAAGAAAUGCUGCUGUAAAAACGAAAACAAAAACGAUCAAGAGAAAAAGUAUUAUGACAUAGACUUAUGUGGAAAAAAAACUUAUAUAGAGUGCCCGAGAAAGAAACAAUCGUUUGAAGAUUUUUGUAAAGAAAAACAAAAAUUGAUUGAACCUACAGAUAACAUAUGCUCCAAUAUAAGAAAAAGACAGAAACAAUGUGGAAAGCAAGCUCAGGACGUAGAAAACAAACAAAGUUUUCAAACAAAAAACAUGACUUAUAAAUUGGAAUCGAAUUUGAGUCUAUCAAAUCGUGCAAAAAGUACAGCUGUCCUCCCUUUAGAAAACCAAAUAGAUCUUAUAGAGCGUUUUAGGGAUUUCGAGUUAGAAUCUGAUUCUUCAUCAAAUUCAAUAAGGCUAAGUGCAUCAAUUCUGUUAUUAAAAAUGCAGAAUCCAUACCUUCGAGAGUAUUUAGGAGAUAGUGAGACUAGCACUAAUCCGAGUUUGUCAGUUAGUAAUUUGUCUCCAAAAAGUAUCAGUCAUGUCUGCUCUCAAUCUAGUCUUUCAUCUGAAACAAAGUUUUCUGAACUAUUUAAGAAGAGUUUUCAUAGUGAUAAUAAUAACAAGUGCAUGACUAAAAGACUUGAUAAAGGUAUUAGCAAGCAAGUAUCAACUGAAAGCUUUCAAGAGAAGAAUACAUUUGAAACUAAACUUUGUGGUAAAUGGAGUCUAUACCAAAUACAAAUACAGAGUGAAUCAGAUGAAGAGCUUUGCAGACAGUAUGAGGAAUAUUUAAGACAAGAAGAAGAAUUCAGAGCAGCAGAAUUUAACACCUCAUCAGACCAAAACAUGAAUUUAUCUCAAUCUGACUAUCUUUUUAGUAUGAAUUCCCCCAACUCUUCUUCUGAAUCCAUAAAAAAAUUACCUUUGAUAAUAGAAAAGGAAAAGCUACCAUCUUCUAUCCCAGUUACAGGUGAAGGCCCGCUUAAAUCGAAUCAAAACGAAAUCAAAAUUUGGAACAAUUGCUUAUCAAUGCUUUUAGGAUCUGGUAACACUGAUAACAGUGCCAUUAAAACUUUGACACCGGAAUUAUUCCAAUCAACUAUGGAAUCAGAAUCAGGCACUAAAAAGUGUUUCACGAACCCAAUCAUGCUACAAGCUAUUUCGGAAGAGAACAAGAACACUGCACCUUCUGCUUCCACGGAAUAUUUUUGUAGAAAAAAAGAUUCAACUUGUAAAGUGACCAUUAAUAGAUUAAAUGCAAUUGAAGAAAACGAUCAGAAAUUAUCUCUAAACAAGGAUGAAUCGACAAAAGAGCGAUCAAUUACUUUAUCACCCAAAAUUAGUUCCUUAGAUAAAGAAAGCCUCAAAGCCUUUUCUGACGCACAUGAUCAAACUAUGGCUACUAUAAAGUACGCUAUGCAAGACUUAGCAGACACAAUUUAUAAAAAUACGUCAGAAGUAGCCCUAAGUGCCGUCACACGUAUUCAAUCUGAGAGCGCCAAGCCGAUAGAAAUCAUCAAAAAUUACAGGCAGAGUGAGGCUUCACAAAUUAAUAAGUUAAUCGACGACAACACUGAAAAUAAACUGAAAAUAAUUAUGAGUAAAAUUAGUGGAGGGGAUGAAUCGGAACCUCCACUCCAUGAAAAAAUGUACAUAAAAGCUAAUGAAGCAAUCAAAUCCACAAUGUUAUAUGUUGGCGAUUCUGCCUUGGGAAAAAUUACACUUCCAAAUUUUAAUGAUGAAAGUUCUGCUUAUGACGUACCAGAUUCCAAUUUAGAAAAAAAAUGUAGCAAGAUGCAAGACAUAGCUCAUGUAGUUAGCAGUAAUCUUUUUAGUGACAUGUUUGCAACUAUGAAAGCUAAGUUUUGGACUAUGUUCACUAAUACAGACAAACGUGAAGAAAAUGUUUCUUUCAAAGCAUCUGAGACAUCAGUCUGUAGUAAUUUGAAUGAAAGCGAGACAGAAAGCGAGGAAGAUAUAACGAAUAAUUUAACAGAAUAA